AUGUUUGCAGAUGACACUAAUGUUUCCACACGAGCAGAAUCUUUAGAAGAAUUAGAGGUUCACUUGAACAGUGACCUUGACAAUAUUCACCAAUGGUUGGUAGCAAACAAACUAACACUAAAUGUCUCUAAAACGGAAUAUAUGAUCAUUGGCUCUCGCUCUAAGCUGAGCAAGAUCACUGAAAAUCCAAUGAUUAGAAUAGGUAAUGAGUUUCUUAACAGAGUUAACACAACAAAAAGUCUUGGCGUAAUCAUUGACGAUAGGUUAAGAUGGGAGGACCAUAUUGACAGUAUCAGCAAAAAGGUUUCACAUGGAAUAGGUGCAAUAAAAUUAAUAAAACCUUUUGUUACUGAGAGUAUUUUGAAACAAAUUUAUAAUGCACUUGUUCAGCCUUAUUUUGAUUAUUGUUUUCUUGUAUGGCAAAAUUGUAACUUAAUGUUACAAUCAAAACUUCAAAAGCUUCAAAAUAGGGCUGCAAGAGUAAUUACUGGAGAUAGCUGGGAAAUAUGUUCCACAGAUGUCCUUAGUAAACUAAACUGGCGUCCCUUAAAUCAGUUAAGAUUAGAAGGAAUGCUUUUAUUCAUGCGUAAAGCACUGAAAAACAAGGUUCCUAAUUCAAUAACAGAGCAGUUUCAAAUUGCGGUAAAUGACCAAUAUAAUUUACGUAGUAAUCACAUUAUGCUGAUGCUUCCAAAACCAAGAACAAAUGCAAUGAAACAGAGUUUUAGCUAUCAUGCAGCUAAAACAUGGAAUAAUCUCCCAUCUGAGCUUAAAGAUCUCACAGUCAAUGAUAAUAUUUUUAAAUGCAUUUUACAUGAUUUUAUUUGUGAAAAUACUUCAUUUUUGACAAACUAUGCAAGUUAUCAGUAAUUUCGCAUAUAUGCAUUUAUUUUUGUUAGUUUAUAUAUAUAGUUAGAUUAGAUAAUUAAUUAAAUAAUAAUUAAGUUAUAGUAAUUAGUAGUUAGACUUUGUUAAACACGGCCUUAUGAAAAGCAACCUUUUAGAAAACGUUAGAAAAUAUUGUAUCUUAAUUUCAAUAGUAGAAAGCAUUGUAUAUAUAUAUAUAUAUUUAUUUUUAUGCUUUGGUUGAUAAGUUACCGUGUAUAAAUAACAUUAAAUAAUAAUAAUAAAAUAAUAAUAUACAUAUUGUUUUUCUGCAUCUAUUUGCAAAAUUGUAAAUAUAUGAUGCGUGUGCAUGUGACUACAAUUCGCUGCAAUGAACAAGGUUGGAUGCACUUACAAUAGCAGGAAAUGACGACUCAGGAACACGUAGCAUGGUUGGAAUUUGUUAUUUCAUUAAUUUCCCCACAGAUGCGUUACAAAUCUGCGAUAAAUGUCAAAACCUCUUGAACCUGUCAGAUGCGCGAUCCAUUUUCCUUGUGUUGAUAGUGUUUGCACAAAUUGGUUAAUACAUAUGGUCGGUGCCUUGCACUAAGAAGCUAUAUUUGGCAUUGUAGACACGCGAUAGAUAUGUAUGUAUGUAAAUGUACUGUUAUUAUGUAAAUGAAGUGUGUGUUUUCUAUAUAAGGCUGUGUACACGUUGUAAAAAGUUAGUUGUUUUGAAAUAUAAUAAAGUGUGAGUAAAAACCCAAGAUAUGGCGAUUACAAAUGGUCCUUCGAACCAGAUAUUUAGUCUAUUCUCAGUUGUUUAAAGUGAUCCCGAGUGUUGUAGACCUUGGUGAGAGGGAUGAACAACGAACAAGUCUGGAAAUGUAUAAUAAUGACUUGGGACACACGAUGGUGUUCAAGCAGUUGGAACCGACGAGCUUGUGAAUGAACAGUUAAGACGAGCGAGAUUGGGAGAAAGAGACGAUGUUGCUCAGUUUGGAGCAGUUGGCCAAGACGUGUAUCAGAGAGAUAAACGCGAAAGAAGGCCUAAUAUUCGUUUAGACCAAGAUGCCGUGAACGCCGAGCGAAUGUUAAAGUUACAGAGGUCAAGAAGUGGACAUCAAGGGCACUUAACAGAGCUGAAUAAUAAGAUAAGUGUUCUUUUAUAUGAUACUUAUAAUGUGGACUCUGUAAAGGAACUUUUAGAGCUAUUUAAUAGACAGUGGGAACGGUUUAAUCUAGUACAUAAUGAAGUUUUGUUGUUUGCCUAUAAUGACCAUUCAACCGUAGCGAGUGCUAUGCAUGCAUACAACGAGCAGUUCGCUAGAAAGACAGAGCUAUUAAACAAAGUUAGUCAAUAUUUACAAUUUCACGAUAGGGAAAAAACUAUACCAGACGAACUUGAGACUAGAAGUAAUGCUAGUUUAAGCUCGUCUAAUUCGUUGUCGUCUGCAAAAUCAAUAGCAAGCUCGAAAUCGCGUGAGAUGCGAUUAAAGCGAGAAAAAGCUGAGCUAUAUCUGAAACAGCUACGCGAUCGACAAAGUGUUGAGAAAGACGUCGAACGUCGUAAGUUAGAAAUGCGUCAAGCUAUAGAGCAGCAGAAGUUAGAAGAUGAAAUUGAGAUUGCUAAGCUAGAAGAACGGUAUGCUGUCGAAGAAGAACGAAGAUUGUAUGCAGAUGAGAUUUUAUGA